GGAUAUUGUCACCCAUCAUCUAUUAGGCGUUGAAUAGCGGGCUCUUAGUUUUCAGACAGUUGAAGGCCGCGCAAAAGCUCCGAAAUCAAACGAGUAAUAAAAUUACAAAUGCUCGGUGUUUUUGAUGUCGAUCUGCUACCACAGGAACUUCCACAUACGACUAUUACAUCAUGCCUUUGCAGUGGUGCUGUUUUUACAGGUUCUCAGCGAUCCAAGGGUAAAAAGUAUAACGUGGAAGUAACAAUACAAGCAAGACGAUAUCUUCGAUAAUCAUGACCUUUAUUCAGUAUGUCGAUAUGAAGCAAAAAAUGGUGUACGGCUUUAUGAAAAUUGAGAAUUUGACUCAAGAAUAUCCAAGCCUAACUACAUAUUUUGAAGGAGAAAUAAUAAGUAGACUUCACCCGUUCAUGACCGGUAAAUGGGAUGCAACUAUGGAAACAGAUGUUUUGCACUGGGUAUUUGUUUUAUUAUUAUCAAUUCACUUGCAGGAAAAAAUACCAGCAACAAGUUCUCUAGGGAACUUCCAUAUAGAUAGUUUCGACUACUCUAUUUUAGAGACAUCCGACACGAUAUUUAUGAGGUGGAAAGAAAAGUUCAUUGUUCCGGAUCCCGGUUUGAAACAUAUAGAAGGAGCGUCAUUCGCUGGAUUUUACUAUAUCGGACUACAGAAAUCUAUUGGACAUGUUCUAGGUUAUUACUAUCACCUUAACUCAGAAAUGUUUCAAUCUCUCGAACUAAAAUAUAAACCAGAAAGCACACCGUCUAUUUUUCAGUUGCGUUAAGAAUGUUCAUUAUUACGUGUUAGCUUGUGAAAUAAAUUUGUUUCGACUCGAUUUUUAUUUAUUUGCUAGACAAGAUGUAACACUUCAUUUCCAUAAUAUCUACAAAUGUAUCUAAAUGGCAUUUUCUGACAAAUAUUACUUCAAUUCACG